UUGUGAGGCGCAGUUGCGAGCUGAACAACAGAAAGUCGUAUGCUUAGAGACGGCAGGCUGUUUUGCGGUAGAAAUCAUAGCUGCCAGGUACCGAAUUCGUCAUACGAAUUUAGAUCGCAGAGAAUAAACCCGAAGCAGAGAGGAGGAUGUCCGAGAACUCGAGUGACACAGAGUCCUCUUGUGGAUGGACUAUCAUAAGCAAUGAGGGCUCUGACAUUGAAACGCUUGGCCCUGAGAACGGAGGAGGAGAUAGUUUGGACGUCCCAGAGAACCUGCCUGCUUUGGAGGAGGAACUGCAGGAUGUGCCAUCAGUCCAAAGGGCCAAGAGCAGUGAAGAGAGGGCUGAGACAUCUCUUGAAGACACCUUAAAAGAGGAUACGUUACAAGAGACACUGGCUGUUUCUGAGGUAGGACAAGAGCAGGCCACAGAGGAGCAGGUGACGUUUGGGUCUUCCAGUGAUCACUCCGACAUCGUGACCCUGGAGCCAUCGAGGGCGGCAGAACUCGGGGUCUGGGAGGACAGGGGCAGUGAAGAGCAGGAGACGGGGGCCAGCGAGGAGCUGUAUUUGGGCACCUCCUCCAGCAGCCAGUAUUCCUUCAGAGCUCCAGAGACGCCAGGUUCAUUGACAAGCUCCUGGAAGCUCCCGGAGAGUUUGAGGGACUUGAGGAGUCGCCUGACAGGGUGUCUGUCUGGCAGCCACUCUCUUCCAGUGUUUCCGGCUGAGCCCCGGGUGGACGACUCGAGCAGCGACGAGUCGCACGAGCGGCCCAGUCCAGUGUUGAGGAAGCGCCGGGUGAGGAGAAGCACGGCGCCGGCCUCGGGGGCGGAGGAGGGGCCGGCCGGAGGAGCCGGGGAGCUUGAACAGGAACCGCAGUUGGCGGCGGCGGCGGCGGCGGCGACAGUGGUGACCCCUCAGGGCCACGUCAGCGGCACCCUCAACAAGUGCAUCCUGCUGGCACUGGUCAUCGCCAUCAGCAUGGGCUUCGGGCACUUCUACGGUAUAUUUGAAGGGACAGUGCAAAUCCAAGAAAGGCAGAAACUGGUUGAGAGGCUCCAUGAGAAUGAACUGAAUGAUGUGCGAGAUGAUCUGUAUCUAUGUCAGAAGGAGCAGGAUGCCAUUGUAGAGAGUAAGGAAGUGGUAAAGCAUCUGAGAGAAGACCUACAGGAAAAGCAAGACAUGGUGCUGUCCCUGACAGGGAUUAUGGAUACUAUAAGUAAAGAGAACCAGCAGCUCAGAAUGAAACAGGCUGAGCUACAGUCUCAGAAAGAAGACCUUGCAUUGCGUUUAAAGCAGACGGCAGAAGAAAGACAUACGAUUGAGUCGCGUCAGAAAAGUCUGGUGAAUGAGAACCAGCAUUUGAAGAACUCCCUGGAGCGUGAAGAAGAGUCUCUGUCCACCUUGCAGGAAGAGCUGAGGAACCUGAGGGCACAGGUCAGGAGCUUGGAGGAGGUGGGAGCAGGAACGGACUCUAUCAUCACGGAGAACCAGAGGCUGAAGGACCACCUGGAGGAGGAGAAGCAGCGCAUCCACAGUUUCCUGAGGCAGAAGGAGACCCUGAUGGCCGAGGCUCAGAUGCUCAGGAGGGAGCUGGACCGGGAGAGAAAGGUGACCGAUGAGCUCAAAGAGGAGCUGGAACGCAUGAGCCGCACAUUAAAGGACGAAGGGGAGGCAGACCCAGAGACGGAGGAGCUGCAGGCCAGGCUGACGGAGCUGGAGAAGAAACUUAACUUUGAGCAGCAGCGCUCGGAUUUGUGGGAGAGGCUGUACGUUGAAACCAGAGAGGAGAAUUCCAAAGGCGACAAACCCAAGAAGCCCAAAGAAGGCAUUUUUACUAAAGUGAAGGAGACCUUUGACGCUGUGAAAAACUCCACGAAGGAAUUUGUGCACCACCACAAGGAACAGAUAAAGAAAGCCAAAGAAGCGGUGAAGGAGAACUUGAAGAAGUUCUCCGACUCGGUGAAGUCCACCUUCAGGCACUUCAAGGACUCCGCCACACGCGCCUUUGACAAAACCCACAAAUCCUAUGAAAAGAGGUAUCAAGAAAGGAAGGAUGUAAAGCCUGUUAAACAUGAGUAUCAUGAGCCCCCACGCCAUCGCAGAGAUCAGGAUGAUGGCCAAGCGUCUUGGCAGCAUCAACACCAGAGGCCAUUUCACAGGCACCCAAGAAAGUCAACAACUGAUACCUAUCAAGCUAAACAAAACAUGCGCAAGACAGGGGCUAAAACUUGCAAUAAAGAGGAAAGGGAAUCGCACAGGAUUCCCAAAGGAUGCUCUGGUGUGUUUGAUUGCGCAUACCAGGAAUCAAUGAGCUUGUUUAACAAGGCCCUGGAUCCCAUUCGAGCAGAUGAAUUCACUCAGCUAAUCCGCAGCUACCUUAAGAAAGAAGUGGAUCACUUCCACCACUGGAGGGAGUUGGAGAGUUUCAUCAACAGUUUCUUCCACAACGGAGUGUUCAUACAUGACCAGAUGCUGUUCACGGAUUUUGUCAGUGGUGUGGAGGAAUACCUAGAGGACAUGGAUGAAUAUCAGCAACACAGUGAUGAUGUUUUUGAAGAUUUGGAUGAAUAUGUAUACAGACACUUCUUUGGUGAUACCUAUUCAAAACAGUAUGGCCCAAGUAGACCCUUUGAAGGGCCAGUUUCAAGAAAUACAGACGAUAGGCAUCGCAGACAAGAACGGAAGCACCAGCGAGCUCAUUCUCGCCAUCACAGAGAGAGGAAAUGGAGCAAACCUGGUCGCGCGUCAGGAAGACACAUGGCGAAUGUCAAAAUAGAGCUGGGUCCAAUGCCCUUUGAUCCAAAAUAUUAAAAGCAUCUAGUUCAUGUUUUAUUAGUGGCUAACUUGGGUGAUAUUUAAAUUGCAAUGUUUUGUAAUGUGAAGUGGAUGUCUUUUAAAACUGAAAGGUAUUGAGUCACUUUAUGUGUGAUUUUGCAGCACCUUGUGUGUUUUAAAACGCAGCUUACAAAAAAAAAAGUGCAGCUCGGAAUACUGGCUGAAUAGUUUCUCGCUUCCCUGUGCUGUGAAAUACGUCCUUCUUAAAUCCGAUCUACGCUGGUGGAUGCUUUGUCCUUUCCUUUAGUAGACACUUGUGCGCACUAGGAAAAUAGCUUUUACAAAAAAAAAUAAGUUCCAAUAUGAUUAUCUGUACAUUGACAUUAAAGCUUAAUGUGCUUUUAUUUGCUUCGUGGGGAGGAAACUUGUGGGGUUUGCGGUGACAAGUUUUCAUUAUUUAUAGUGUUGGGAAUGGCUAUAGCAUAUUUCUAGUUUUCUCUAAUGGAAUGGGUAGGGCUUUUAGUUUUCAGUGGUUGUUUUUGAAUCACAUGGCAUCCCUUUCUACUCACUGUAACCUUAUUCUGUUUCCCAAUUAUAACACUAAACCUGUAAUUCUGCAAAAAGGGCAAGCUGUUUUUCACUUAGCAUCCCAGCUAGUGACUGCUUCGCCUCAUGUCCAUCCUGCAGCCCCACACUUGAGCCUGGAGUGGGUUUUUUUUAUAGUUUUGGGCUGUUAAAUGGGAUGCUCCGUCAAGUUUUCCAUUAUUCCAUUCUGGAAAAUAGAGAUCUAGUAGCAUGCAACGAUCACAACUGUGAUACUUCAAAUCAUCAGGCCUAUGCGAAAUCAUCAGCCUCCGUGAAGGCGAUGAAAAAUUUUCACUGAAUUGGGAUCAGUGACUGAUAGCUACUGUUCAAAGGAAGGUUGGUGGUUGGAAAAGAAGCACUGAAAACAAUUGGGGGCGAGGCGCACACUCGGGACAGGCCACUUGAUGGAUUUCCUAUCUGAUCAGGGGUCUUGUGGGACAAGGCGAUGUCACUGGCCGCUUCUUUUUUACUGUGUAAAACAAGUCUGGUGAGCUGCACAGCCUGCUAGCUUCUGUUCACCAGAAACCUCAAUUACUAAAUUGAUCUUCUAAAAUCUACUGCAUUAAAGCCCUUAAUCUCUAUUUAGGACCAAAAACAGUUAAAUUAAUAAAAGAGGAAGAAAGAGAAUAAAAAGUGUAGUAUACGCUGGCUUAUUCUGAAGUAAAAUGCAGUGAAGAUUUUACCUGUGAUUGGGUGAUCUUAAGGUACUUGCACUAUUACGUGAAAACUUUGUCACAUUGGGCUGAUUUUGCCAUUUGCUGCUGUAUUUCAAAAACAUUAGAUACAUCUUGAGUUAAACUACCAAAGUUCAUUUUGGGGUGGGGGCGGGGUCUUAAUUGAAAUUCUUUUGCCUCUGAUGUAUAGUGAUCUGUUGUGAAAGAUUAAAUUUUGCAAUUUUUGUUUUCAGUAACAUUCCAAGUGUAGUUUUAGUAAGCUCCUUAAGUGAACAGAACUGGUCUGUCUUUGCUGUCAUGCUGGUGAAAUAGAAUGCACUUCACAAAAUGACCUAAUAAAAAGAUGAAGGGUU